GGCGGCCGCGGGGGACGCGGGGCGGGCGGCGGCCCCGGGGGCUGCGGUUCCUGCUGCCGGGCCCGCCGCGGGGCCGCGCCGCUACUCGCUGCUGGCGAUCGUGGGCGGCGGCUGCCACCGGCCCGGCCUGCUGGCCGCUGCGCUGCAGCAGCUGGAGCGAGGAAUCCGCUCCUGGGACAUCGACCUCUCCUCCUGCAACCUGGAUGAGCAGCUGAAGCUCUUUGUGUCCCGUCACUCGGCCACUUUCUCCAGCAUUGUGAAAGGUCAGAGGACCCUUCACCACCGGGGAGAUGUCCUGGAGACCCUGGUGCUGCUCAACCCUUCAGACAAGUCUCUCUGUGACGAGCUGCGGAACCUGAUCACAGAUGUGUCCCAGCACAAGCUGCUGGUGUUUGCUGGGCCCUGCGUGGAGGAGACAGGGGAGCUGAUGCUGCAGACAGGCUGCUUCUCCCUGCGGGAUUUCAUCCAGAUCUUCACCGACAAGGAGGUCGGGGAGAUCCUGAGCUCCGCGGAUCCCUCGGCCAAGGCCAGGCUGACCAUCAGCUGCCCUGACUUUGGGGAGUGGAAGGACUCGGGCUUGGACCAUCAGAACCUCCAGGACUUCAUCGAGCUGCGCUACAACCCGGGCUGUGUCCUGCCAGAGAUGGAGGGGCUGGAGGAGUUCAUGGAGUACCUCUCGGAGUCGCUGGAGCCCCAGUCCCCAUUCGACCUCCUCGAGCCCCCCACCAUGGUUGGCUUCCUGAAGCUCUCCAAGCCCUGCUGCUAUAUCUUCCCAGGCGGGAGAGGGGACUCAGCUUUCUUUGCUGUCAAUGGCUUCAAUGUCUUGGUCAACGGUGGCUCCAACCCCAAAUCAUCCUUCUGGAAGCUGGUCCGGCACCUGGACCGCAUCGACUCCAUCCUGGUGACCCACAUGGGGACAGACAGCCUGCCUGGAGUCAACAGCCUGCUGCAGAGGAAGCUGGCUGAGCUGGAGGAGGACCCGUCCCAGAGCUCCCAGGGGAAUGGGGACUGGGCCAAGAACCUCAUCUCCCCCGAGCUCGGCGUCGUCUUCCUCAACGCCUCCGAGAAGCUGAAGGACAUCGAGGGAAACUCGCGGGUGCUGAAGAGCUGUGAUGAGGCUGCCCUGACCCUGCACUACCUGGAGAAGCUGGGCAUCCAUCCCAACCCACUGGCCCGGGACAGUGGACCCCGUGCUGAGCCCACCGUCCUCUUCCAGAAGAUGGGAGUGGGCCGGUUGGACAUGUAUGUUCUGAACCCUGUGAAGGGCACCAAGGAGCUGGAUUUUCUCCUGCAACAAUGGUCGGGCAACAGCUACCCCAAGGAGCAGGACUUGCCCCUGCAGUGCUUGACCUCUGUCUGUGCCCUGCUUGUCUGGCACCCUGUCAGCCCCUCUGAGAAGAUCAUCCGGGUCCUCUUCCCUGGCUGCACCCCCCAGGGCCGCAUCCUGGAGGGGCUGGAGAAGGUGAAGCACCUGGAGUUCCUCAAGCACCCCGUGGUCACCAAGAAUGACUUGAAGGGACCGUCAGCAUCCCAACCAGAGAAGCUGCUCAAGCAGAAGAGGGCAGAGAGCAAGGAGAGCCUGAAGUCAGCUUCCAAGAUCAGCUUGGUGGAUACCGGAGUGCUGGCACCAAAGGAGAAGGCUCCAUCGAAGGUGGAGAGGAAGGAGGUGAAGGCAGGGACCAAGGAGAAGCCAAAAUCCCUGGGGGAGGCAGCCAGAGCAGGGUCAGAAGAGGAGAAAGCCAAGGAUGCUCGGGCCAAGCUGGACUCUUCAGUGGAGAAGCUGAAGACGGACACGAAGCCGAAGCUGAUCAAAGAGAAAGUGGUGCCCAAGAAGGAGCCCACGCCCCGGAAAGAGGAGAAGAAGCUGCUGAAGAAGGAUGAGGGGGCUGAGGUGAAGGGAGAGGCCAAGAAGGAGGUCAAGGCAGUGGUGAAGAAGGAGGUGAAGGCUGAGACGCUGCGGAGGGACACAAAGGAGAGCAAGGCAGAGGCCAAAGCUCCUGCCAAGACCCCAGCCCGGAAAACAUCGGCCCUGGAGCCCCGCAAACCCCUGGCCAAGACCAGCAGCGUCAAGAAACCCCCCUUGAAGAAAGAGCCAGAGAAACCCAAGGCCAAAACCCCCCGGGAGGUGGGUGGCAGGAAAGAGCCAGGGGUGUCAGAUGGCUCCAAGUCCUCCUCCCCUGAGGACAUGCUGCCCGAGGCAGAGCAGGGCCAGGGGGCUGCCUCACUGGGGGCUGGUGGGAGGAGGAGGAAGGAGGAAUCAACAGAUGAAGGCAUCACCACGGCCGAGAGCGAGCUGGAACCUUCACCGCUGGAGAACGGGGGGGCUGAGGGCCCAGGAGAUUCAUCCUGCCUGGAGAAUGGCCUGGAAGACCUCGAGAGCCACCAACGCUUCCACUACCUGGAGAGCAGCCCCCUUCGAGCCGUCUGCCCCCCCUCACCCCUGGCCAAGACCCCCAAGAGCGACCGCAGCGUCAACUUCGACCUGACGCCCACCGGGGUGCUGAACCACGGCCCCGAGGGGGGCGAGGACGCCUGUGGCAGCUCCGAGGAGAAGACCCUGGAGAUGAUGUCUCCAGCCAGCUCAGGGCCGGCCAGUGCAGGCCACACGCCCUUCCACCAGUCACCAGUGGACGAUGGUGUGGAGGACCCAGGUGCUGGCACCAACCAGCAGCCAAACCCGUGGCCGCUAGCGGGGGGCAAAACCUGCCAGGACGGCCCCGGCGCCCCGCAGGAGAAGCAGGCGGGCUGCCUGUCCCUCAGCCCCUUCAAGGACGACGUCCCUGACGUGUCCCCCACCAUCACCACCCCCUCCCUGCCAGCUGAGGUGGGCUCCCCUCACUCCACCGAGGUGGAUGAGUCUCUCUCGGUGUCCUUCGAGCAGGUCCUGCCACCCGUCAGCGAGUCCCCGCCGGAGGAGGGCAGGCGGUCCCGGGGGACCGGGGGGACACCGGAGCCAGAGGCCACCAAGGGUGGGUUGUCACUGCCACUGCGGCCCUGCCACCAGUCACCGCGGGCUGAUGGUGACAUGGGGACCCGGCCCGGCCGCCGUUCUGACUCUCCCCACGACGUGGACCUGUGCCUGGUGUCACCCUGCGAGUUCGAGCACCCCAAAUCCGAGCGGUCGCCCUCGGCCGCCGCCAGCCCCCGGGACCUGUCGGACAGCGACGCCUCCCAGGAGCUGGUGCCGCAGCGGGGCCAGCCCCUCCAGCCGGCGGGAGAGACCCCUCCCACUUCUGUCAGUGAGUCCCUGCCCACCCUCUCCGACUCCGACGUCCCUCCCGCCACCGAGGACUGUCCCUCCCUCCUGGCCGACGGGCUGGAGUCGGACGAGGACUCGGAGCAGCCCACCCGCGGCGUGGCCCGGGCUCGUGACCCGCUGCCCGCCCCCAUGAAGGACCCCUGCCCCCUCCCUGCCCAGCCUGGCAUCUGCAUGGUGGACCCCGAGGCGCUGCUGGCCGAGCCCCCCCGCGCCGGGAAGAAGGAGCCCCCUGGCAAAGUGAAGAGGGUCCCGUCCCGUGUGGGCUCGGUGCCCGCCGCCCCAAAAGCUGAGCCCCCCCGACACACCCCCCUGGCCCCCAAGGCCAGGGGUCCCGCCAGCUCGGCCCGUGACACUGGGGACAAGGCCAGGCUGACCCUUGGGGACAAGAAGGACCCUCCGGCGGGGACACCCGCACCCCAGGGACCACCCGUGGCACUGGAGCCCGAGCACCAGUGGGAGCUGGACGGGCGUCGCCGGCAGGUGCACGGGCUGCAGCCCCCCCGGGCCCCCCCCAUCUACGUGGACCUGGCCUACCUGCCCGGCUCCUGGAGCGCCCGGACGGUGGAUGAGGAGUUUUUCCGGCGCGUCCGUUCCCUCUGUUACGUGAUCAGCGGUGACGACCACCUGAAGGAAGGGGUCCUGAGGGCUCUGCUCGAUGCCCUGCUCGCUGGCAAACAUCAGUGGGGCACUGACACCCAGGUGACCUUGAUCCCCACCUUCGACUCGCUGGUGAUGCACGAGUGGUACCAGGAAACCCACGACCGGCAGCAGGAGUUGGGCAUCACAGUGCUGGGCAGCAACAGCACCGUGGCCAUGCAGGACGAGACCUUCCCUGCCUGCAAGGUGGAGUUCUGAGGAAGGGGGGGGGUUGGAGUGGAGGAGGGGGCUUCAUCCCCACCAUCCUCCUCCUCUCUGAGCACCCCCCUCUCCUUCCCUCCUCACCCAGGGCCAUGCCAGCCCCUGGCUGAUGUGGCUGGGAGGGGAGGGAGAUGGGGAGGGGUCUGCUGGGGGGAGGUGGGGUUAUCUGUGUGUGUGUCCCCCCCACUCCAAGGACUGGCAGGGGCUCCCCCGGGCCCCCCCCCAGCCCAGCACACCCACAUGCUGCACCCCCACAGGCUGCGUGGCCCUUGCAUGCCCCCACACCUCACUCUGCACCCACCAACCUCCCUGGGGAGAGGGAGGGGGAAUGAGGGACCAGCCAGGAACAGGGUGACCCUGCCUGGGGGGGGGGAGGUCAGGAUCUGUCCCCCCCUCCAGCAGUGGUGCUGAACUGUGCUUGAUUCAACAGGGUAAAUUUCAUUGUUUGCUGUUUUGCUCCCCCCCCUCCAAAUAAGCCACUACUGCCACCAACCCCUCCUUCCCGGGUCCUGCAGCCCUGGGGGGGCCCAGUUCACCUACCUGGGGGGGGGGGCUGUGGGAUGACCUGGAGGGCUGGGGGGGUGUUCCCAUGGAGCAGCCAUACUUGGGAGGGGGGGGGGCUGCAGUGGAUGCUCCUUUGGCACUACAGCCAUGAGGUCUGUGUGUGUCCCCCCCCCCAGGCACAGCCAGACCCUCUGGCCACCAAGAAAGGUUGUGUGUGUGUGUGUCCCCUCACAUGCAGCAGCUUUUGGGGGGGCUUUCUGAUGGCUGAGACCUGGCAGCUCGCUGCACUGAUGGCUGUUACCUCCCAGCAUUGAGGUCCUGGGGCCUGACCCUGUAUGUGGAGGGGGGGGGCUGGGGGAGACACCCCCCCCCCGACCCAAGCCCUGGAGGUGCUGGAAGGGGCUGCCCAGAAACCAAACAUCACGUGCAAUUUUUAGGGGGUUUUGUGAGUUGGGGAGCAGGGGGGGUGGGGGGUACGACACAGGAUUUGUCCCCCCCCCACCUUCCAGCCCCAUCUGGGACAAACAAACACUAACCCGUUUUGUAGGAGGCUCCUCCCUGGUUGUUUUUUUUUUGUUGUUGUUGUUUUUUUGUAAUGACUUUUUAAGGAAAAUUUAAAAAAAAAAGAGGAAAAUAAAUAACAACAAAAAAAAAGAUUAAAAAAAAGAAAAAGAAAGAAACAAACAAGGGAAAAAAAAACCAAACCACAAAAAACCAAAAGACACCAAACAAACAAAACAAAAACUGAACAAACCAAACCUGUCCCCGUGGGAGGUUUAUUUAUCUGUGACACCCCCCCCCCCCCCCCCCGACCUCCCCCGAACCCCCCCCGCCCCAUCCGGGGGGGGGGUGCGUUUUACCUUGGAUUGUAUCGUGGUUCGGGGGGGGGGGUGGGGGGGGACUGAAUGUUUCACCUUUAGUGCUUUAUAUAUUUUUUCUUAGCUGGAAGCUGGUUUGGAGGUCGGGGGGGGGUGUGUGUGUUGUAAACCCCUCCCCCCGGAUCCCCCCGACCCCUCCCCACGGCUGC